AAGUGAAGGUAGUGAAGAAGCGUUGAAAGUUGAAACCCUGGGUUUUAGGCAACAAGAGCUGCUACUAGGAAGCCGCUGUUACAGGAAGACACGAAUCAGUUUGAGAUGGCGGUGCCAGACGGUCGACGUGACGGUGGAGAUGAGGACGCCGCUGCUCUGUUCGACGAAGAAGGUAUGGAGUUGGCUGAAGAAGACGAUAUCGGGCACUCCGAAAUACCACUCCAUCUCCGUCCCCUAGUCUCUGCCGCCGAGUCCGGCGACCUCAACGCCCUCCGCCUAGCCCUCGAAAGUUUCAAUGGAAAUAUUGACGAACCAAUGGAAGAUGGGGACACUCUUCUUCAUCUGACAUGUCUUUAUGGACAUUUACCCUGUGUCCAGUUUUUGUUGGAAAGAGGAGCUGACUUGGAGGCGAAGGACGAAGAUGGAGGCAUCCCAUUGCAUGAUGCUUGUGCAGGAGGUUAUACACAGAUAGCGCAACUUAUCAUUAGCCGUGCUAGUGAUCCAGAGCGUGUGAAGAGAAUGCUAGAAACUGUUGAUACAGAAGGAGACACGCCUCUUCACCAUGCUGCGAGAGGUGAAUAUGGCAAUGUCAUAAGACUGUUGCUUGCUCAUGGAGCUUCUCCAACUAGGACAAAUAUAUAUGGAAAGACUCCAACUGAACUCGCUGAUCCCGGAACUGAAGCUAGGAGAAUACUUGAAGAGGCUAUGGCUGCUGUAUCUAGUAAUUAGUCUGUCAUCUGGAAGACUUGGGCCGUUGCCCAAUUGUUGCUGGUUGCUCCUUUUGGUAGGUAAAAAUUUGAAGGAUAAUCCUUGUUAAUGACUUUAAGUGCAGCCAAGUAAAAUAUAAAUUAUAUGUGAAUUGGUUUCCUAUCUGUAACACUGAGUGAUGUAUGCAUUAUUAGGAUACUGCUCAGAGGGAACUCCUAGUUUAGAAUUCAACUCAUCUUUAUUCAUGGCUAGCUGCUCUCAAGUUUCAUCAAUUAUCCCUUUGUUUCACAUU